GUGUUAAGGCUCUUAAGCUGUAGAAGCCAUAGGAGCAGUCUUCCUGGUCCAUAAACGAGGGCCGCGCUGAUCAUUCACUAAUCUUCAAACGAGUGAAGCCUGCCAAGACAGAAAGCUGCUAGAACCAGCAGCUUGAUGUUGGGAUUCUACGAGGAGUAUACAGGAUUCAUUGACCACUCUUAAAGAAGGUGAACUUAACUGAAAGCAGUUGUCCUUCUUGUGUCAACACUCGUAAGUGUUUCUACUAAUGGUACAUUUUCUACAAUUGACUUUGCUUGAACAGUUUGUUUUAGACGUUGAUCUUAGGGCAAAGUUUUUGAAGAUAGGCCUACACCUGUGGUGCAACUAGUAUUGAAACUUUGUUGGUGUUUUUUAUAUAGGUAUUCCCAGGUGUUUCUGAGAUGCUAAUUCAAAUCCUGGAAAUCUUUUAUAACUACAAAGUUUGUCAAAUUAAACGUUCUGAGGAUUGCAUUUAGAUACUCCGGCGAGGUGUAGGUGAAUUUAGGUGUGAUAAAUUCUUGGCUCCUGGAAGAAUCGUUUUUGGUUUCCAUUGGACUUUGACGAAGCAGUGACUGUUUACAGCCUUGAGGUGAGUUACAUAGUAAAGCAAGGUGAACGUAGAUGACACAGUAGUUACUUUUCGGAAGCUCUCUGCUGGACUUAUUAACCAUGACGGGUACCGGCGGGCCUGUGGCUUCCUUCUCCGUGUGGGACUAUGUGGUGUUCGCUGGCACGGUCCUCGGAGCCGCCGGCAUCGGCCUUUUCCAGGCCAUCCGAGGACGCACGAACACAAGCAGCGAGGAGUUCCUGCUCGGAGGUCGGCAGAUGUCAGCCGUGCCGGUGGCCAUGUCGCUCACCGCCAGCUUCAUGUCUGGCAUCACCGUGAUCGGCACUCCAGCCGAAGCCUACCUGUACGGAGCGGCCUUCUGGAUCUUCGGCUUCUCGUACGCCAUCAUGUCCGUCAUCACGGCCGAGAUCUUCGUCCCUCUCUUCUACCGUCUGGGAAUCACCAGCACCUACGAGUAUCUGGAGAUGCGCUACAACAAGUUGAUUCGUGUGAUCGGGACAUCCAUGUAUAUCGUACAAACGGCACUGUACACCGGCAUGGUCAUCUACGCACCAGCUCUGGCCCUCAAUCAAAUCACAGGACUGAACUUGUGGGGCGUAUUAGUGGCUACAGGAGUGGUGUGCAUCAUCUACUGCACCUUGGGAGGUCUGAAGGCAGUGAUCUGGACAGACGUGUUCCAGAUGGUGAUCAUGCUGGCUGGCUUCGUGGCCGUCAUCGCCAGGGGAGCGGUGAUCCAGGGGGGGCUUGGCCGGAUCUGGGACGACGCCUCCAAGGGGGGGCGGCUGGACGCUUUCAACUUUAACCCCGACCCCCUGACGCGUCACACCUUCUGGACCAUCGUGGUGGGCGGCAGCAUCAUGUGGACCUCCAUCUAUUCCAUCAACCAAUCACAGGUGCAGCGCUACAUCUCCUGCAAGACCCUGGCGCAUGCCAAGAUGUCUCUGUACGUGAACAUGGUCGGUCUCUGUGUGACGGUGAGCCUGGCUGUGUUCUCUGGUAUCACCAUGUUCUCCAUCUACAAGGACUGUGACCCUCUCAGCAACGGAGACGUUGGGGCUUUGGACCAGCUACUUCCAUACCUGGUGAUGGACAUUCUGGCAGCCUAUCCUGGGGUCCCUGGCUUGUUUGUGGCUGCAGCAUACAGUGGAACCCUGAGCACAGUGUCCUCCAGCAUCAACGCCCUGGUGGCGGUCACCGUGGAGGACUUUGUGAAGCCGGUGUGGAAAGACCUGACAGAGAAACAGGUGUUGUGGAUCAACAUGGGACUGAGUGUGUUCUUUGGAGGGGUGUGCAUAGGGAUGGCUGCUGUGGCUUCUCUGAUGGGCAGCAUCCUACAGGCCGCCCUCUCUGUGUUUGGGAUGAUCAGUGGCCCUCUCCUCGGACUCUACUUGCUCGGCAUGUUCUUCCGUACCACAAACUCCACUGGAGGGCUGUCAGGACUGAUCCUGGGGCUGGUCAUCACCCUGUGGGUGGGGAUUGGAGCCCAGAUCUACCCCCCCACGACUUACAAGACCAACCCCCUCCCCCUCAGCACGGCCGGGUGUAACCGCACGGUCGACUUCAACGCCACCACGGUGGCACCCUGGACCAGCGCGGUCACAUUCCCCCCCCUGCCAGAAGAGCGUCCAGCGCUGGCUGACUCCUGGUACUCCCUGUCCUACCUCUACUUCUGUGUGCUGGGCACUCUCGUCACCAUGACGUCUGGUCUGCUGGUGAGCGCUAUCACAGGUGGCUGUAAGCAGAAGAGGCUCUGCUCCGAUCUGUUUGUCAGGAAGAAUGAUCUGAUCUGCUUCAACUGUGGACGACACGCCCAGGACUCAGAACCAGAGCUGGUGGAAAAGGAUGGAUCAGAGCUGAAGAAGGGCACUGACAACCUGGCCUUCGCAGUCUCAGUGUUUGACAUAACGGACCGAGACAUGGAGAAAGUCACCAAGAUGUGAAGACGGGGUCAGGAUGCUGCGUCCUCACCAGGUGUUCUGCAGCUCUGGUGCUGAGAGGAGAUCUGCCCUGUUUCUCUGAAGCAGGUGGAGACGAGGUUGAGGUGUGUCUUUGUGACUCAUCUUUGGAAACAAAUCUUUAGCUAAGCUGGGACCUGAUUACUCUGAGACUCAGAACACAGACAGACACAGCUUUUCACAGCAGCGUUUCAUUCAUUCAUUCCCUUUUCUGACUAUAAACUUCUCUACUCAAGGCUUUUCUGAUUAUAUCGUUUUAUUGUUUGAAUAAAAAUGUGUCUGAAUUAAAUAUUU